AUGGCAUACUGUAAGCAUGUUAUAGUUAACACUGAUAAUAUAAAGCUUGUGCUUGGCAUUAGUGCCAAGAUUGAAUCAAACUAUUUCAGCCUGAUUAAUGUGCCUGAUCACCCCACCCCUGCCACCACUACUCACUGCCUGUGUGCUACCCCUGCUCCACCAACUACCACUGCCACUACUUCACCACCACCACCACUGCCCACUACUGCCUCUCAUCUCUCUCUGGUGCUAUCAGGGUCUCUGCCCAUCAAAUGGCAGCCAGUUCUGGAGGAGCAGGAGAAGGAGAAGAAGAAGAAGAAGAAGAAGAAGUGGGAGAAGAAGAAGAAGAGAAAGAAGAAGGAAGAGAAUGAUGAUGAUGAUGAAGAUGAUAAUAAUAAUGAUAAACUUGCUAUUUAG